ACAGACAAGAACCAUAACAACGGGCACGACAGCACAGGGGGUUUAAGCAUGGUGAAGAAGCCGUAUCCCUUCCACAAGCCCUUCAGCCCCAUCCGCCGCCUCCUCCGUCGAACUCUCUCCGGCCGGCACCAUCGCCGCUCGAGCACGGCAACGGCGAAAGCUACACCCGUGCCACCAACGGAAAAGCUACAGGGCCAGACGGUGAUAGUUGACGUGGAGGCCUGGCUCCUGAUGUCCCGGCUAUCCACCUUCCCUUACUUCAUGCUCGUCGCCGUCGAGGCCGGCAGCUUCCUCCGCGGCCUCCUUCUCCUGCUCACCUAUCCUCUCAUGUGCCUCUUCAGCCAUGACAUGUGCCUCAAGGCCAUGAUCAUGGUGUCCUUCUUCGGGCUGCGUGAGAAGGAGGUCCUUAGGGUUAGCAAGGCCGUUCUGCCAAAGCUCUUCUUGGAAGACGUGGCUAUCCAAGGGCUUGAGGCGGUGAAGAAGGCGAGAAAGGUGGUGGCGGUGAGCACUGUCUUUCCGAGGGUGAUGAUCGAUGGGUUCUUGAAGGAGUACCUUGGUGUGGACACUGUGGUUGGAAGGGAGGUCAUGGUGGUCGGCGGGCGUUACGUCGGAAUAAUCACAGAUGAUGCCGUCGUGGCCGCAGAGGAGAUGAUGAACAAGGGCAAGUAUGAUGAAGGGGUUGGGCUUGUCGGAGUUGGCGGCAAGAUGCACCAUUUAUUUUCCUAUCGUUGCAAGGAAACCUAUGCUGUGAGUGAGGCCGACAAGGCGGCAUGGCAGGCACUGCCGAGGGACAAGUACCCCAAGCCCUUGGUCUUCCACGACGGCCGCCUCGCCUUCGCUCCGACGUUCCCCGCCGCGAUCGCCAUGUACACGUACAUUCCCUUCGGCAUCUUCCUGGCCAUCGUCCGAAGCAUGGCAUAUAGCCUCCUCCCCUACCGCGUCUCCGUCCCGAUCGGGGCCCUCACCGGCAUGCGCUCCCGCAUCAUCGCCGGCCCGCCGGCCGACGCCAUCGAGAAAGACAAGGCCGGCGGCCGACUCUACGUGUGCAACCACCGCACCCUCCUGGACCCGAUCACCGUCGCGGCUGGGCUUCGCAAGCCCGUCACCGCGGUGACCUACAGCGUGAGCCCCGUCUCCGAGCUGAUGGCGCCCAUCCGCACGGCGCGGCUCACCCGGGACCGGGACGAGGACCGCCGGCGCAUGGCGGGGCUGCUGGCGCGCGGAAACCUUGUGGUGUGCCCCGAGGGGACGACCUGCCGGGAGCCCUACCUGCUCCGCUUCAGCCCGUUGUUCACCGAGCUCGCCGCCGAGGUUACCCCCGUCGCGCUCGAGACGCGCGUCGACAUGUUCUACGGCACGUCCACCAAGCCGGCGUCCAAAGUGCUCGACCCGCUCUACUUCAUGAUGAAUCCGCGGCCGGAGUACCGCGUCGAAUUCCUGGAGCCGGUCGAUACCACGACCGUGGCCGACGGCGAGGAGGACGGCCACGACAAAAGCCACAGCAUCCACGUGGCGAACCGGGUGCAGCGCGUGCUCGGCGAGGCGCUAGCGUUCGAGCUCACCGGGCAGACGAGGAAAGACAAAUACAUGAUGCUGGCCGGGAACGAAGGCAUCGUCAAAGUGAAGGCCAAGAAGUAGGUGCGCAUCUAGUUUUUUUAUGCAUGUGUUAUCUGUGAUGUAAUUCUUUAUUGCUUUGAUUUCUUUUCACCAGUGUUUGUAAAUGGAUUUAUUGUUGGCCUGGGUGUAUGUACAUCUACCUAUACUCUAUGUCUCUAUGUUUUUCACUUGACAUGUGUGGAAAUUCAUGUACAUAUUGAAAAAGGAAUAAAGAGAGCAAAUUUGAAAAA